CGUCGCUAAUACUGGCCUUCAAAAGCUAACAUUUUUAUGGCCAACAGAGGAUCUCUCUGGGUUUCAAGACUAGCGGAUAAGAAACAACAAGAAAAAGGAAGUGGGGAAUAUCUUUCAGUUUCAGAGUGGGGCCGGCAAUGGCAGCAUUUUCUUCUUUCUGUGUAAAACCUCCUCCUCUGACCAUACGCCCAAAUAGACUCCCCUGCCCACGGUGCUCCUCCAGAACACCGGACAAGAAAGCCGCCGCAUCCGGAACCGGAACCCCGCAGAUUUUGAAACUCGUGGUGAGCGGCGCUACAGAGCUUUUGAGACUCUUCUCCUCUUCCUCCACCUACAACAAAAAUAGAGUGAGUGAUGAAAAGAGAGAGGAGAUUUUAGUAUCUGGUGUUGAUGAUGUGGUGACGAUCCUCAAAUCUGAUUAUGAGAAUGCCUACUUCGUAACAGGGGCUUUUACUUCUGCAAUAUAUGCUGAAGAUUGUAUCUUUGAAGAUCCAACGAUUAAAUUUCAAGGUAAGGAGUUAUAUUCACGAAACUUAAAAUUGCUUGUUCCUUUCUUUGACCAUCCAUCAAUUGGAUUGCAAAAGAUUGAGAAGGGUAUGAAUUCCAAAACUAAUUUUGUGCUAGCAACGUGGAAGCUAAGGACUUACCUGAAACUUCCAUGGAAGCCCCUGAUUUGCAUUGAUGGAAGUACAGUCUAUGAGUUAAAUGGCAACUUCAAUCCUAUUUUACUUUGACAGAUUGUUAGGCAUGCUGAGAGUUGGAAUGUUUCUGCACUCGAAGCAAUUGGCCAGAUAUUCACCCCUAGUUUUGGAAGGUCCAGUGCUUGAAUGUUCAAGGCUUAAUAAAUGUGAAGGAGUCAAAGAUUCAUAUGCUAUUGCCUCAGCAGUAAGUUCUUAUUAGAAUUUGCUUGGAAAUUACACGGUUUCUGUGGGUGCUUCAGAAUUAUCAAGACAUAACCAUUGGGGAAAACAUACAACACGGCAAAUAUCUCCAAGACUCCAAUAGUGCUUAUUAUUAUUAUUAUUUAAAAAAAAAAAAAAUUGACGGGUUUACAUAAACAAUAGAAAGUUGGCAUCAUCUAUCCCUUCUGAGACAUUCAUUAUAUUCUUUACAGUGAAAGAUAUAUCCAUUGUGUGGUUAUAGUAUGGCACAGGCACUCACUAAUGUUGGAGCCCGCAUGAGUGUACAGUGUCCAGAACUGUGAGCUUUAUAGUUUAUACCUAUGUUCAUCUUUUAGGGAACAUAAUCAUUGAUUCAUUACAUUUUUACGUGAAAAUAGAGAAGAUGGGUUGUAAAAGUGACAGCGAGAGCUCCUCUUGGUCUGGAAAACUAAAGUCCAAGCUUUAAAAGUAAAUCAUGUCAACUAAUUAUGCUUUUAUUUGGAGCCACAUGUAGGUCAGAGUGUAAGAUAUGUAAUGGCUCCUGAUAAAAUAUUGUUAUUAAGAAGAAUACAUAUACACACACAUAUAUGACAUACCUUUUGUGUUCUAUUUCAUUUUCAAA